UUGCCACAGUUAGGCAAUAUAAACAACGACGUCGUAUUAAUUUUAAAGGAAAUCGGCGCGGCGGGUCAUUAGUGCGUGCCUGCGUUCGACGGACUAACGACCUAUACAGUGGAUUUUUUCAAUGGCAAGGUACUUGUGUGCAGUACUGUUGGUCCUCGCCGUUUUCGGUGUUUCGCAAUCUAAGGUCUACACCAGAUGCGGAUUGGCGCAGGAACUGAUCCAACUGGGUUUCGACAGGACCUUAUUGGGGAAUUGGGUGUGUCUGAUUGAAAGCGAGAGCGGCAAAGACACGUCGAAAAAAGUGGACAAAGCGAACGGCAGUAAAGGAUUAGGAUUGUUCCAGAUCUCCAGCAAGGAGUGGUGUCAGUUCGGCAAGACGGGCGGAAAAUGCAACAUGAAAUGCGAGGAUCUGCUCAACGAGGACAUCCGUGACGAUUCGAAAUGUGCCCAGAAGGCGUUCAACGAAUUGGGAUUCCGCGGUUGGGCUGGCUGGAUGCGGAGUUGCUAUGGGCGGAAGCUACCCAUCCCAAAUUGCUAAGAUCUGCUGAAUAUUUUCAACCUCUUAUGGAUCUUGUUGAUUCGACAAAUUAAUUUAGUGGAAAAUUCUAAUACUAUUUAGUUAUUAUUAUAAUAUACAUGUGUUAAAUAUUAUAUGUUAUACAUACAAUUUUUUAAUUAUUAUAUUAUAAUCUAUGUUAAUUAUUAAUUAAGUAAAUCUAAAUAAACCUAUUCAUAUUCAUAAUUAAUAAGAAUACCAUAUGUUAUUGUUGUCUGUUAACAAAGUGUGUUUAAUAAAUAUUUCAAAAUCA